AUGUUACGAAGCAACUGCUCCGGGCUUCUCCAGCAGGCCCAUCGUCUCGUCCGUACGGGCCCCGUCCACACCACGACGCCAAUGCCCGACAAACUCUUCAAAAGCAUCGAGCUCGAGCUGCGCGGCCACGACCCCGCCGUCAUACGCUCCUACCUCACCUUCAUGAAGAGCGUCUGCGGGCACCUGGAGAUUACGCAAGGCCGAAUGCAGGUGCUGCCGUACGUUCGAUGGGUGCAAUGGGCGCUGCGUUCCAAGUUCGUCGCCAAGAAGUACAAGCUGCACUACGAGACGCGCACCCACAUCAGCAAGUUUGAAGUCAAGCAUUUGACGGGCAACACGGCUUCCGCGUUCUUGGAAUACGUGCAACGGAAUAUCCCGGAAGGAGUUGCGAUGCGGGUCGGCUACGAAGAAAUUCGACCUCUUCCCGGUACUAUUCCUGUGGAGAAGAAAGCAGAAUUUGUUGCGGGUUCGGCCAAG